UGGUCAGUAGGUGACCACGAGAGGUUUAUUUUCAUUGUCAAUUUCACUUGUUAAAUUUUGGUUAAUUUCUUAGUCGGCGAGAUCGAUCGUGGUAAGGCAAACGCCUCCACGAAACGCGCCCCGCCGAAUGGCGGGCGAGAAAUCUGCAAACAUGCAGAAGAUAGCAAGCGUUGACGCUCGAAGAGCGUGCGCUACUUUGCUGAAGCCCGAUUGAACUCGCCCUCUGGGGGUUACCGCAAUGAUCCGCAUUAAGAUCAGUCGGAUCAAUAUAGCAAUCGCUGCCCUUGGCUCCAAAAAAUUGCAAAAAGAUGAACUCAAUAAAAUGCGCGGAUGAAAAUGAAGCGGCUCAAAAAUCAAAAUAACAUCUUGGUCGGCGCAAGCCCUCCGAGACAUUGGCAUGAUGGCGAGCGCCAUCAUUGUCAAAAGCAAAGACAUGGGGGCAAAUUGCUUCCAUUGUCAAAGUGCGCGAGAUCGCUGGGGGGCAAUGCCUUCCAUGCGAGCACUAAAGUGCGCGAGAUCGCUGGGGGGCAAUGCCUUCCAUGCGAGCACUAAAAAUAAAACUGGGGGGCAGAUGCCUUCCAGGUAAAAGGCCUGGCGGCGAAUGCCGUCCGAGCCCGAAGUACAUGACGGCGAAUGCCUGAUUGUCAAGAUGGCAUAGGGGCGAAUGCUUCUAUUGCCUAAGUGCGCGAGAUCGC